AUGUCAGGACAGGGACAGACGCAGGUUCAGCGUCCCAGAAAAGUGAUGGAUGAGCAGCCACCGUGGAGCUCGGGUUUGCGAGCUAAGUGCGGGCAGGAUGUGCUGGCUCGGAUCCCCGAGUGGCAACUGCGAUCGAGGCUGGCUCGGGAGCUCCGGGACCGGGCGGAAGAGGGGUGCCUGGGACCCUUCCGCGCUUGGAAGUCCAAGCUGCCCCCCCACCCCACCCCACCCCCGCCUCCCGCGCAGGCGCCGCCGGGGCCACCCCCGCCGCCAUGUUGCCCCCGCCCGCCCGCGCGUGCCCUCCCCCCACCCCUCUUCUCCUCGGCUCCCGCCCCCUCCCGCGUCCCCGCGUCCCCCACCCCCUGCUGA